AUGCACCAAUGGGCUUUCAUAUGCUGCCUCUCACCAUUCCUCCUUUUGACCCAAGCUGAUUCCCUUGAUCCUGACUCCUCUGGCCAACCCUUAGAUUUCCACUUCACAAAGCCCCUUUACAAUGUCUACAUUCCGGAAAACAGCAGUCCCAGGACAUAUGCCACCCAGAAACCUGGAUUUGACUUUAUGGGCAUCAGGGUACCUCUUAAUUCCUCCUGGGACAUAAGGUAUAGGAUAGUGGAAGGGGACAAAGACCAUUUCUUCAAAGCGGAACCUCGCGUGGUCGGCGACUUCUGUUUCCUCUUCAUCCGCAUCAGGACCGGCAACAAUGACGUGCUGAAUCGCGAACGCAAAGACAAGUAUUCGCUCCAGGUACGCGCUCUGAUAAGCGCCGAAAAAAAGCGAGACAAAAACCAGUACACGAGCGACACCGUCGUCGAAGUGACCGUUUCCGACGCCAACGAUCUCAACCCUCUGUUCUACCCCUCGGAGUACAGCGUCACGGUGUCGGAGGACGCGGCGGUACAUCAAAGCGUCGUGAGGGUGGUGGCGGAGGACGCCGACUUGGGAGUGAACGGGGACAUUUAUUAUAGUUUCAUUGGGGACACGGACCAGUUCGAGGUGCAUCCUGUGUCGGGCGUCAUAUCAUUGAGCAGACCGAUCAGAUACCAGGACGGCCCCUACCACGAGCUCACUGUCAGCGCCCAAGAUCGCGGCACUAACCCCAAACACUCGAACAAGGGCCUCAGCAAAGCCAUCGUGAAAAUUCGCGUCGAACAAGCCAACUUUUUCGCUCCCGACAUCACAAUCAAAAAACACCCGCAAAUCGUCGAGAACUCUAACGCCGACAUUUACGCCAUCGUGACGGUAACUGACAAAGACGCCGGUCCGCACGGCCAAAUAGCCGGUUUGGAUAUUGUCGACGGUGAUCCGGACGGUCAUUUCCGCAUACGCCGCACCGGCCCAUCGGAAUUCAACAUCGAAGUUUCCAAAUUAUUAGACAGAGAAGCAGCUCCGAACGGUUACGUGCUACAAUUACGAGCUUCCGAUCGCGGCACGCCACGCAAAGAGAGCUACAAAGCCGUGCCUGUCUCUCUUGCCGAUUUUAACGACAACGGUCCUAUAUUCAGCAAGGAAAUCUACGAGGUGAAAGUGUCCGAAAACGCGCCCGUAAACACCCCCUUGAUACGCCUGAAAGUCAGCGAUGCCGAUGACGGCAGUAACGGUCAAGUUUUCCUUGAAAUCGUCGGUGGCAACGAGGGCGGCGAAUUCAGCAUCAACGCAGACACCGGCAUGCUUUACACCGCUGUAGAAUUAGACGCUGAAAGCAAGCAGCUGUAUAGCUUGACCGUAUCCGCUGUGGACCAAGGCAACGUUGCUACUAGAAAGCAAUCUUCCGCUAAGAUCAAGAUUUACGUCGAGGACACCAACGACAACGACCCGAUUUUCGAGAAGCGCGAACAAACUGUGUGGGUGGACGAGAAUAUGUCCGCUGGCACUUCGGUCACUACCGUUCACGCCAAAGACAAGGACCAAGGCGAGAACGCUUACAUAUCUUAUCUGCUAGCUAACUUGAAUGACGUUCCAUUUGAGAUCGAUCACUUUUCCGGGAUAAUACGCACCUCGCGCCUGCUGGACUACGAGAGCAUGAGACGAACGUUCACGUUGCACGUGCGCGCUUCCGAUUGGGGUUUGCCCUACCGGCGCCAAACGGAGAUGCAGGUCGUCGUUAAGGUCAGGGAUAUCAACGACAACCGGCCGCAGUUCGAGAAGAUCGACUGCUACGGCGAAGUAUCGCGCAAAUCGGCGAUUGGCGCAGAGAUCGUCGUGCUGUCGGCCAUUGACUUCGACACCGGCAGCAUCAUCAGCUACCAGAUCGUGUCCGGUAACGACGACGGCUGUUUCGGCAUCGACGGAACCUCGGGCACUAUCUACGUCACUUGCGAUCUGAACGACGUUAAGGUGUCCGAUAGAGGUUUGAACGUUACCGCCACUGAUGACACCCAUUUCGCGGAUAUCGCCAGGGUGCACUUCAAGUUGGUUGACGGCAACUCUGCGGAGGGGUUCGAGUGCAAAGAUACCGGAGUGGCUAGGCGGUUAACAGAGGUAUUAGCGGACGCGGAGAACAACAACAGAGCAGAUGUCAAGGAAGAGUUUCCGAUGAUGCCGACACGGUACGGCCAAAACGUGCACUCGCCUGAAUUCAUCGACUUCCCAGUAGAAAUCAAAGUGAACGAGUCUGUGGCGCUGGGAACGGUGUUGGUGGAAUUAUCAGCCAGAGAUCGGGAUUUGGGCUACAAUGGCAGGCUGGUUUACGGCAUCAGCGGUGGGGACCUCCACUCUCAGUUCUCUAUCGACCUGGAGUCGGGAGAACUAAGGGUUAUCGGUCAUUUGGACAGGGAAAAGUUGGAUGAAUACUUUCUCAAUGUUACUGUCUACGAUUUGGGUAAACCUCGGAAAUCUAGCUCGCGGAUUCUUCCUGUAACCGUCUUGGAUGUUAACGACAACGCUCCCAAGUUCGAAAAGUCCUUGGCUAGCUUCCGCGUGGCGGAAAAUGCUUCAAACGGCACUGCAAUUUUUCGAGCGAACGCCACCGAUCCGGAUGAAGGCGAAAACGCCAAAGUAUCUUACUCAAUCGUCACGGAGACCAACGACUUUCACAUCUACGAAGACUCUGGAAUGCUAGUGGUGUACAACGCUUUGGACAGAGAACGCCAAAGCUCGUACGAGUUACGAGUCAGAGCGACAGACGGAGGCGGCAAAGAUGCCGAAAAUCUACCGCUGUUUUCCGAGGCUCUGGUAAGAAUAACCAUCGAUGAUAUUAACGACAACGCUCCCAAAUUUGGUUUGCUCAACUAUGCGGUGAACGUCAGAGAAGACGUGCCUGUAGGUACCGUGGUGGCCGUAGUGUCCGCUCUGGACCCCGACGAAGGCCCUGAAGGAAAAGUCUACUAUUCCAUCGGCGACUCUGACGGAGAUGACAAAUUGUUCAAGGUGGAUAGCUUAUCUGGGACAAUCCGCACUAACGCUUCAUUGGACUUCGAAGAACGUCAGCAGCACACCUUGAUAGUUAUUGCCAAUGAUAAGGGAAAUCCGUCUUUGUCCUCGGAGGCCAUUGUGACGGUCAACGUGGUGGACGUGAACGAGAAUUUACAUGCGCCGCAGUUCGAAGAUUUCGUUUUUGCCGGCAUGGUAAAAGAGAACUUGCCGGUGGGCACUUUCGUGUUGCAGUUACAGGCGGAAGAUGCUGAUGUUGUGGGAGACGAUGCUCAAAUCGAGUAUUCCAUAAGGGCUGGCGACGGUAUCGGGAUUUUUUCUAUCGAUGAGAAGGGAAUUAUAACGACGCUGGCGACGCUCGAUGUCGAGACGAAAAGUCACUAUUGGAUCACCGUUUACGCGCAGGAUCGCGGCAUAUUCCCACUUUUCUCAACAGCUGAAGUUUACAUCCAAGUUUUAGACGAGAAUGACAAUUAUCCCUUGAGCGAGGAACCCGUUUAUUAUCCGAGUAUCGCCGAAGAGAGUCCAGCUGGCACUGUAGUUCUACAAAUUAAAGCGACUGAUAGAGACGUCGAUCCCGUCAAAAAUAUCACUUAUAAGAUCGUAUCUGGCGAUCCCGAGGGCUUUUUUGCCAUCAACACGAGCACCGGAGCGUUAACGACUACUUCCCGUAAACUGAACCGCGAAACGCAAGACGAAUAUAUCCUUGAGGUUUCGAUUUGCGAUAACGGAAAGCCAGCUCUCUCCUCUGUGGCUAGAGUCGUCGUUACAGUUGAUGACAUUAACGAUAACAGUCCGGAGUUCGAUCAAAACGUCUACGACGUACAUCUGCCUUCUCGGCUGGCCAAUAUCGAGGACCCGCUUUUCCAAGUUCUAGCAUUGGAUAAAGAUGCUGGUGAGAAUGCCCAGCUGAAAUAUCAAUUCAAGUCGGCAAAAUAUCGCUCCAAGUUCAGGAUCGACGGCAAAACGGGAUGUGUAUACGCCCACAAAGAGUUCGUGUCUGGACAAGAGUACGAAUUGCACGUGCGCGUCACCGACAGGGGUGAUCCGCCCAAGUUCAAUACGUGCAAGGUGCAAAUUCACGUGGCGAAUGAGUCGAUCGAGGCGAAUUCGCCGCCCGUGGUUAAGUCACCGCCUCGCGUUUGGCUAUCGGAGGGGGAAGAAGUCGGCUUUUUAGUUUCUACUGUCACCGCAAGCGAUCCCGACAACGACACCGUUUGGUAUAAUAUAGUAGGUGGAAAUGAGCGCGGGGAGUUCUACAUUCGGAGAGACGUAGGGAAUGUGAUUCUGGUGAAGAAAGUUGACUAUGAAACUCAGAAGGAAUACUCGCUUAACAUCAGCGUAUCUGAUUCCACGCACACUGUUUACACGACUUUGAACGUUUCCUUGUUGGAUGUCAACGAUGAGAGGCCGGUGUUUUCGAAGAGUGUGUACAAGGUGGAGUUGUCUGAGGCGGUGCCGAUUUAUACUGAGGUGUUGACGCUCGAGGCCAGCGACAAGGACGACAACGACACGCUCUUGUUCAGCUUCCAUUCUGCCGAGAACGUAGCGUCCUUGCGAACUUUCAUCUUGGACUCCAUAACAGGUGUCAUCACUCUGGCCGCCAGCCUCGAUCGCGAAACCCUCACCGAACACAUCCUCACCGUGUCCGUCAAAGAUGGCGGCACCCCGGCUCGCAAGAACUUCGCCCGCCUCCACUUGACCGUCCACGACGACAACGACCACGUGCCGCAGUUCUUCGACAAGCUGCUGGUAGGCGGUGCUUUCGAGACGGCCGCCGUCGGGACGGCCGUGCUGCGUGCCUACGCGGUGGAUCACGAUAAAGGGGAUAAUGCGAGGUUGACGUAUUCUAUUGUGUCCGGGAACGUGGGCAACGUGUUCAAGGUCGAUCCCGAUUUGGGGACCGUCAGCAUUGCGAAGGAUUUGGAACGGUCGCCCAUCAAGGAGUACAUUCUGUAUAUUAAGGCGUCGGAUCAUGGGGAGCCGCCCCUAAGCGCUGUGGUGCCCGCCCAUAUUGCUCUCACUAUGGCAGAUAACGCGCCGCCCAAGUUUGCCGCCCAGGAAAUUGUGGCCGAAGUAUAUGAGGACCUGCCGUUGUUCAGCUACGUCGCUCAUUUGGACGUCAGAAGUACGUCUUCGUUGCAAUUCAAAAUCAUCGAAGGUAACGUCGACGGAGCCUUUUUGAUAACACCCAGUACCGGAGUCAUCACCAUCCUCAAGCAUUUGGACUACGAGACCACCAAGUUCUACAAUUUAUCCGUCAUCGCGACCAAUAUGGCCUCUAUUUCGGCGCCGUGCCGGGUGAUCGUCCAUGUGCUGGACAGAAACGACAACCCGCCGCGCUUCCUCAAUCUCUCCUACUCUGGUUCAAUCAGCGAAUCGGCGCCUGCGCACUCGCUGGUUCUCGCCGACGGCGGCGAGCCGCUGGUCGUAAAGGCCGCCGACGCGGAUGCCGGCAAGAACGCGCUGUUGCUGUUCGACAUCGUCGAGAAUUUGCCGAGGAAGUACUUCGAAAUAGAUUCGAACACGGGAGCUGUGAGAAACAUCGAGCCAUUGGAUUACGAACAACGGGCCGUCUUCUCCUUUCACGUGCAAGUGUCCGACAGAGGCACACCGAAAUUGUUCUCCGACACCAUGGCGAAGGUCGACAUCGAGGUGGUCAACACCAACGACUGUCCGCCCGCCUUCAAAGCGUCCAUCUACAACGUCACCCUGCUGCUGCCGACCUACAAGAAUAUCACAGUGGCGCAAGUCAACGCGACAGAUCUCGACAGUCCACACGGUGAGGAUCUGAAGUACGACAUCAUCGACGGCAACAACCUCAACACUUUCCACAUCAACCCCAUUAGCGGCCUCAUCACGCUCGCCCUCCCCGCCAACCUCAAACACUCGCACAAACUGCUCGUGCGCGUCUCGGACGGCAAAUUCUCCGACGUUGCCAAAGUCUACGUUUAUUCUGACAAAUCCGAGUACUCGGAUUUCAAGUUCCAAAAGGCCUUGUACGAGGGCACCGUUGUGGAAAAUUCGACCAAGGUGACGUACGUGUGCGUGGUGAAUUUGUUGGGUAGCGAGUUGAACGAUCACGUGCUGUUCAGGAUUCUGAAUCCGACGGAUUUGUUCAGGAUCGGGGCCACUUCGGGAGUGAUCAAGACCACAGGCGUGAAGUUCGAUAGGGAGGCGGAGGAUGUGUACGAGUUGAUCGUGGAGGCUCUUUGCAAGUCAUUCAAUGGGGACACUAAGGUCACCCACGUCAAAGUGCGAAUCAAUGUCCUGGACAUCAACGACAACUGCCCCCAGUUUGUCGACCUUCCCUACUACGGCGUCGUAUCGGUUGACGACGAGAAGGGCAGCGUCGUGGCGCGGGUGAAGGCCCUAGACGCCGACGUGGCGGAGAACGCCGAGGUGCGCUACGAGCUGAUCAAAGGGCAGGGGGAGCUGUUCAAGGUCAGGCGCGAGAGCGGACAUGUCGAGAUCAAGCAAAGGUUGGAGGGGUUCGAUGAGGGGUACGAUUUGCUGGUGGCUGCCUACGACAAAGGCAUGACGCCGUGCAGAACCGACACCACCGUACACAUAAAAGUCGUGAACAAAUCGAUGCCGACGUUCAAACAACAAUUCUACUUCGGAAACGUAUCAGAGAACACCGAAGCGCACACACCAUUACCGCUAUCAAUAAAAGCCAUAUCGCCGCUCGAUCACGAUCUGAUCUACACCAUCCACAAAGGCAACGACAUGGACAAAUUCGCCAUUGAUUCUCACACCGGCACUUUAUUUCUGGUGGACGAGCUAGACUAUGAAAAAGAGACGGAGCACAAGCUGGAAGUGCGCGCGACUGACGCCAAAACUGGUGUCCACAUUGACGUUCCUGUCAUUUUAGCGGUCUUGGACUAUAACGAUUGCGCCCCCGAGUUCUCCAAGGCCAACUACGAGGUAUCCAUGUCGGAGGCCACCCGGCCCGAUUCGUUGAUUUUUCGCGUUAGCGCGACGGAUGAAGAUGCAGGGAAGAACGGGGAGAUAUCUUAUUCCCUACAAAAGGACGAGGCGAACAGUUCUGAUUAUUUCUACGUUAGUGAGGAGGACGGGUCUCUGUUUUUGAGGAGGGUUCUGGAUCGCGAGCAGAAGCAGGCGUAUCACUUUGUGGUGGUGGCGACCGAUCGAGGGAUGCCGAGCUUGCGUACUACGGCUCAUGUUUGGCUGGAAGUUUUGGAUACGAACGACAAUGCGCCCGUAUUCGAAGAGGAAUCCAUGUCGUGUCGGCUGUCGAUCGGCGCGAAACGCGACCAGUUUGCCGCCGUCGUGCGCGCCGUCGAUCCCGACGACGGCGACGUCUUGCACUACGCCGUCCACACCGGCGACGACCACCAGCUGUUCGCGAUGGACGCCGAGACGGGCGUCCUCACGUUGUCCAACGUCGGCGCGUUUGGCGCCCGAGCAGGGAUCGUGCUGUUGAACGUGUCCGCAUCGGACGGCGUGUAUACGACGUUCACCAGGUUCAAAGUGGAGGUGCUGCCUGCCAAUUCUUACCUUCCCAGAUUCAAUGAGGUCUUCAAAGACGUACACGUGCCCGAAAAUAGACCACCUGGUUAUCCUGUGACUACUGUUACAGCGACCGAUGAAGACAUGGGUGAAUAUGGGAAUGUCACCUACACCAUACAUUCGGAGCUCAUGAGGAAGGUGUUCACCAUCGAUAAGUACACAGGGAAGGUGGAGACCAAGAAGAAGCUCGACCGAGAAAACCGCAAACUAUACGAGAUCCUCGUAUGCGCCACCGAUGGGGGCGGCCUCACCGACUUCAUGACCGUCAGAGUCAAAGUCGCCGACGAAAACGACAACGCCCCCAAAUUCCUGCUGAGAGAAUACAAAGUCAGCAUCUAUUCCAACUUGACGCGCGACUCGACCUUUGUCACUAUCCGAGCCUUGGACGAGGACGAAGGCGAGAACGCUCUCGUGACCUAUGACAUUUAUGAGAAGCAGACGAGCGACGUGCAGGGGAUGUUCGCCAUCGAUCCCGCCAACGGACGGAUGCACCUGUUGCGGGACGCCAGAACGCGCGUCGGUCAGGUUUUCCAGUUUUUCGUGAGGGCCAGCGAUGGAGGAACGCCUGCCAGAUACUCCGACGUGCCUGUGAACGUUCUCAUCAUGGGAGCUGACGAUAACCCUCCCGUACUAGAGCGCAGCAACGGGAAAUUUUUUCUCUCUGAGAACUCACCUGUCGGCACUGUCAUCACGAACCUGAGGCCCAUCUCUAACCCCUCCAUCAAAUUCGAGAUGGUCUCCGACUCAGGACAGUUCAACGUCGACGCGCAAGGUCAAGUCUCGUUAGCAAGACCGCUGGACUUUGAGACUCGCGCCUCGCACGUCAUCGGCGUUUUAGCCUUAACGAAUUCCAGUCCCCCAUUGGCCACGCUCGCCGAGAUCCUCCUCCAAGUCCAAGACGAGAACGACCACGCGCCCGAGUUCGAGAGCGCGCACUACGUGUGGCACGUGGGCGAGAACGUGCGCAAGGACGCGAUCGUGAUGCGCGUGGUGGCGCACGAUGCCGACCAGGGCAGCAACGGCGAGGUGACGUACAAUUUCGCCGACGAGUCUUCCGAGGCGUCGAAUACCUUCUCGAUUGAUAGUCAUACGGGGUGGGUGAGCGUUAUCGCGGAGUUGGAUAGAGAGGCCAAGGCGGAGCAUAGUUUCUACGUCACCGCCAGCGAUAACGGUACUCCCAAGCACUCGGUACGAGCCUCUGUAACGAUCAAGCUGAAAGACUACAACGACAAUCCGACCUUGUUCACCGAGCGAACUUACCGCACCAUGGUCAAAGAAGACGCCCUACCUGGCACCGUCUUGUUGUCGUUGCCAACCCGAGACGCCGACAGCGACCUAUCGACGCCCGUCGAAUUCAGCAUAUUAUCAGGCGACCCGCACUCUAGAUUCCAGAUAAAGAAGGACACCGGAAAGAUUUACGUCGCCAAGUCGCUUGAUAGAGAGAAAGUGGAUAGUUACAGCUUGGAGGUUAUAGUUUCCGAUGGGUUUUUCACUGACGUCGCCAACGUCGAGAUUAUUGUUUUGGACGUGAACGAUAAUCCGCCCUAUUGCGUGAAUCACCGGUAUCGCAAAACACUUUCUGAAGACUUGGCGCCUCUGACCAGCGUUCUUAGAGUGUUGGUCGUGGAUUUGGACAGUCCAGAUAACUCGAAGUUCCGGUACGUGCUCUCCGGCAAUGGAUCCGAGCGCUUCCACCUGCACAAGGAAACAGGAGAACUGAAAACGGCCGUCUACCUCGACAGAGAAAAGCAGUCCAAGUACCUGCUGACGGCGCACGUGCACGACAAAGACCACUCGAACUGGGAGUGCUCCUCCGCCAUCGAACUCACCGUAACGGACGUCAACGACAACGCGCCCAUCUUCUCGUCUCGCUCCUACACCGUCUCGCUGCCGGAAGAUUCCCCUGUGGGCACGCCGGUCACCGAGAUGCGCGCCACCGACGCCGAUUUGGGCGUCAACCGACGCAUCUCUUACUCGUUCGUCGACUCGUACAACGACCACUUCUCGAUCGACGCCGACUCGGGCGCCGUUUUACUAGCCAAGCCGCUGGACCGCGAGCUCAAGGCGCAGUACAACCUGACGCUGCAGGCGGCCGAUGGGGGCUCCCACCGGCUGUCUGCCGUCGCCUACUUGAUUGUCAACGUGCAGGACGUGAACGACAAUCCGCCCGUGUUCGAGAGGGCGGGUUACAGGGCGGUGGUGCCCGAGAUCGACGCGGUGGGCACUGAGGUGGUUAGAGUGGAGGCCAGCUCGAGGGAUAUCGGGCCGAAUGCGGAGAUCCACUAUGCGAUCGUCGGGGGGAAUGAGCACAAGAAGUUCGCCAUCAACAGCAAGACGGGCAUGAUAACCAUAGCGGAAUCCUUGGACUUCGAGAGGGGCAAAGAGUAUGCGCUGACCGUGCAGGCGAUCGACGGCGGAGUGCCGCCUCUCAGCGGCGUCACAACUGUCAACGUCACCGUCGCAGAUUGCAACGAUAACGCGCCCGUCUUCUCGCAAAACUCGUACAAUGCGCGGGUGAGAGAGGACGCCAGGAUCGGGGAGAAGGUCUUGCAGGUGGUUGCCACGGACUUGGACAGCACCUUCAACGGCCGCGUGUCCUACUCCAUCAUCAAGGGCAACAACGGCAACAAAUUUGACAUCGACGAGAAAACAGGCCACGUGCGAGUGUCCGGCGAGCUCGAUCGCGAGAUCAUCUCUAGCUACGUGCUGGAGAUCCUCGCCAAAGAUGGCGGUUCUCCGGUGCUCUCCGGUCAGGCGCUGUUGAACAUCGAGAUCGCCGACGUCAACGACAAUCCGCCGAUGUUUACCGAACAGAAUUAUACGGCGAUCGUGCAGGAAGACAAACCCAUCGGCCAAUCGAUCCUCGAGUUCGUGAUCUCCGACUUGGACGGCCCACCAAACGGCCGGCCCUUCACCUUCGACUUCCGCGACGGCAACGAGGCCAACACCUUCCUCAUCGACCAGCAUGGCCGUCUUCGCACCGCCGCCAAGUUCAAUCACAAGGUGCGCGCCGCCUACUUGCUGCAAGUGCGCGUCUUCGACAACGGCAGUCCGCCCCUGUAUUCCGAUGCCAGGGUGGCGGUAAAGGUGGUGGAGGAAUCGCAGUAUCCGCCCAUGGUGACACCCUUGGAAGUCAACGUCAAUUCGUAUUUGGACGUGUAUCCUGGCGGGGUGAUCGGCAAAGUGUACGCCAACGACCAAGACCAGUACGACGUGCUCACGUACUCCCUCUCCCCGAUGUACGGCCCCAACAUGCAGCAGCAGCAGCACCAACAGACCCUCGAGCUGUUCCGCAUCGACCGCUCGGACGGCACGCUGGAGGCGUGUGCGCGGCUCGACGCCGGCGAGUACCGGCUCAACGUGUCGGUGAGCGACGGCAAGUUCGCCGACCACGCCGUCGUCAAGGUCAACGUGGCGGUGGUGGCGGAGGAGGUGGCCGAAAAGGCGGUCAGCAUCAGAUUUCGAGACGUUGCUCCCGACAGCUUCAUAGCCAGCCACAAGAAGGGCUUCGCGCGAGCCAUCCGCAACGCGAUGAAGUGUCGCCUCGAAGACGUCGUCAUCGUCAGCCUGCAUCCCACGGUCCCGGAAAAAGCGACCGAAAGAAGCGCCAAGAGACGAUCUGAGGUCGUAGCAGGCGGUGGUCAGCGCCAUCUCGAUCUGCUGUUCGGCGUGCGCCGGCCUGACGGUGGGUUUUACGCGCCGCAGGUCGUCAGAAAGGAGCUGAUCGAGGGGCUAAGAGAGCUCGAAGAGACUGCUAAUUUGGUGGUCGAGGAGAUCGUGCAGUCCAGGUGUAACGGUGAGCAGUGUCGCUUUGGGAUUUGUCAGGAUCAGUAUGUGCUGGACAACGACCAUAUAGAUCGGGUUUUCACUGCAUUCACCAGUUUCGUAUCGCCCAGGUACACCCAAAAGGUGGAGUGCGUUUGCAAGGAAGGAUAUGGUGGCGAUAAAUGCGACACCAUGAUCAACGAGUGCGGCAAACAGCCGUGCGCGAACUUCCAAAUUUGCGUGCCCGACUCUUCGGCUAUCGGCUACACGUGCCAAUGUCCGGAGGGGUAUGCGGGCGACACGUGCAGCGACAACGUCUCCGAUUGUCACGACAAGAGCUGCUACACGGCCAGGAACCCGAUAUCCUUCAGCGGCAAGAGCUAUUCUCAAUACAAAAUCAUCAACGAGAAGCUGGUGGAGGAGCAGUUCAGUUUGAGUUUGCGUAUAAGGACUUUGCAGCUCACAGGCAACAUCAUGUACGCCGCCGGUCUGGUCGACUAUCAUAUUUUGGAGAUAUCGAACGGUGGCGUCCAAUACCGCUUCGACCUCGGCAGCGGCGAGGGCCUGGUGCGCGUCUUCGACGUGUACGUCUCGGACGGCGGCUGGCACGACGUGCGCCUCGAACGGCGCCGCAACAGCGCCGAGAUCACGGUGGAUGGCGCUCGGACGGCCCACGGCGCCGCCCCUGGGCCCGCCGAGGCGCUUGGCCUCGACGGCGACGGAAUGUAUUUCGGCGCGGAGGUGCGCAGGCGCAAGGUGCAAGGGCUCGAGGAGGUCAGCAGGGGGUUCGUCGGGUGCAUGGACGAUAUCAGGAUGGCGCAGGUGCCGAUCCCCCUGCACAAAUCCGGCGACAACCCGGCCGUCAUGCUGAAGCACUUCGCCAACUUGGAGUUCAGCUGCGACGUCUCCCGCAUCCUGGUGCCGCCCGGGCCGUGCGGCUCGCAGCCCUGCCUCAAUGGCGGCACGUGCCGUGACACCAACGCCGGCUUCGAGUGCUUCUGCCACGACCGGUACAAAGGCAGGUUCUGCGAACUGGACACGGAUCCGUGUGCCUCGCAGCCCUGUUUGUUCGGGGGAGAGUGCUCGCCGGCCGUCGCGGGAGAUUUCGUAUGCGAGUGCGCGGUAGGGCUGAGCGGGAAGAGGUGCGAGUACGGCAGAUUUUGUUCGCCUAAUCCUUGUAAACAUGGAGGAGUUUGCGAAGAAGGCAACGACGGGCCGCUGUGCAAGUGCCGCUCCUUCGUCGGAAAGUACUGCGAGUACGACUUGAACGAGUGCGACUCAUCGCCCUGCCAGAACGGCGGUACUUGCGUCAACAGUUUCGGUUCGUUCCAUUGCUCUUGUCCGGCGAACGUGUCCGGCACCUAUUGCGCAACCACUUUCAACUCGCAUAUCGCCUUCUCCUUCUAUGGCGUCUCCUUGGAGCAUCUGGUCUACUUCGCCGUGGCCGUGCUCUUCCUCCUCUUGUCCAUCGUCGUGCUGGCCGUGUGCUUGUGCCAUCGCAGAAGGCGGAAAAGGCGCAAGCGACGCGACAAUCUCAAGGAGAACGUGCUGCUCAACUCGAACAGAUCUCACGACAUCCCCGAGUUCAAGCGCACCUCAAAGCUGAGCAACUUGGAGGUGAACCAGCAACGGGAGAUGUCCAAUUGCGCCCCGCGACCGGUCUCCUACAUCGCCAAUUCGCAGAGCGAGUCCACGUACGGCUCGAACGCGCCGCCUAACGCGAUGCUGAAGAACCUGGACACGCUGCGGAGUUACGGAUCGGCGGCAGACGAGCUGGAGAACGUGCCGAUCGAUUACGUGAGGAACUUGAACAGGGGCACGCCUCAAGGUUGCUCGGGCAACCAUUGCGAUCUGGAUAAGACCACGUGGGCGGAACAGAUGCACAUGACGACGGCGGCGGAACGGAAGGGCGGCAAGAACAACGCCAACUAUAUGGUGCCGCCGCACCAGGACAAGUACGACGCUGCCCAUAACAAGUUCGACAACAAACACGCGAAUCGUUCGAACCGAGGUGGUGGCGGAUCGAUGCGAGAUGACGAGGAACAACGGAAUAUAGACAGCUACCACUGGGACUGCUCCGACUGGGCCCGGCCCUGCCAAACCCUGCCCAACAUCACCGAGGUGCCGGGCAGCGAGAUCCUGGACUCGUCGAGCUUCCACAGCAACGAGAGCAACGAGUCGCGCCAUCCGGGGGCAGCUGCGGGGGCAGUAUUGGGGGCGGGGGCGCUCGCCUCCUUCGAUGUCUACCGCAACAUCGGGACGGUGGACGAGGACGUCGACGAGGAGUAUUUGAGCGAGGCGGAGUACGAGGGGAAGCGGGAAUUGAACGUGUUGGAUAGCGGGAACGACGACUACACGUUCAUGCCGGCUGACAAUUAUUUGCGUCACCCGAACUCGUAUCUGCCCGCGCACGGCUACAACAUCACCACCAAUGACAUCGACCAAGGCAACUUGCAAAGUCCCGGCACCGAUUCCGAUGAAAUAGUGCCCUACGGUUUCCCUGUCAAACGGAACAGGAGAAAACAUGAUGACGAUGACGUCUCCUCCAUCAUUACGACUUUAGAAGAAAGGCAUUCUCUCCUCGAAGGCUACGUGAGCAACAGCGACGUAUCCACCAACCUAUGCGAAAUCGAGGAUUCCGAAUGCGAAACCGAAAGCAAACCGUUGAACAGUAAUUCGAGGUCGUCGCAUCAGACGGCCGUCUGA